AUGUCCACUACCCAGACUGCCGCCUCUCCACGGGCGCCCCGCGGCAAGCCGCAGAGCCCAGCCCAGGCGCCCCAGAACAACAACACCAACAACACCACCACCACUACCACCACCACCGGAAGACCGUCGCAACGGAAACCGCGCAACAACCGCGCGCACAAUGGCUACGGCCAGCGUAAUGGCCCGGCCGCGUCGCCCAGCAAAGCGCAUGCGCUCCCCGCCCUCGCCGACAGCGUCACCUUCCCCAGCGAAGACGGCCACAUGCCUUCGGCGCCGCGCAGCGCAAAGAAGCACUCGCAGCCCAGGCCUUCUGACCGCGUCUCGUCGUCCGAGUCUGAACCUGUCCCAAUCAACCCGUCCGCAACUCCCGUCAAGAUCCAGGCCGCAUAUGCGGGUCCCACCUUUCACGCGUCUCCUGCGCCUUCUGCUUUGCCUAUACCCAAGUUUCUUUCUCGUUCUGUGCCCGCAAAGACCCGCGUCGGUCCCCCCACUCCUCCUCCCGAAGAUAGUUCCGAUUCUGGCUCUCUGAGCCCUUCUGCCUCUCCCUCGCGUGCGCCUGUGGCUGCGCCCCCGUGCCACCAGCAGUCUCCCCUGGAUCUCCUGUUUAGAGCCGACGCCGCGGAAAGAGCCAGCAACCAGCAUGGAGCCCCACCCCAGCAUAAUCCAUUCAUUUCAUCCAACCCGGCGCGCUCCCACCACCUCAAGCAUGACUCGUACCAUUCGCUGAGCAGCAUCUUUCCCAUAGAGCUGGACGGCGAGAGCAAGCAUGCGCACAUGUCCCCUCCACCCGCCUCGCAGCGCUCCCUGACAGACCCCAACGGCGUCCCCCAGCUGAAAGAUGCUCAGCAGCAGGGCGGUGGUAAUGAUGUCAUGCAAGACCUCUUCAGCCGGCUUUCCAUGUCUCAGAAGAAACCCACUGCUGCAACACCACCCAUGCCGGGUGCCCAGGGCCCACUGGGGCCUCAGGCACACCAAUCACCCUCGCCUUUCCAUGAUGGCCGGUCGCUUGUCCGGAGCGCAUCUGGACCUACUACGCCGCAAGCGCAGCCCACAAACCAAGAGUCCACUGACUUUUACUAUGGUAACCGCAAUCUCUCCCCGCUCUUCAAAGCGGCCCAGGGCGACUCCACCAAGCGCAACUCUGGCCUCCGUACUGAAAUCACGGCCGAUUCUCCUAUGCUCGUCCAAGACGCCUUUGCAGGUUUCGCGUCUGUACCUCAACCCCACAGGAUGGAGCCAAACGCCUACCCCCAGGGAGGCAACAGAGGAACACCCAAUGCCCAUCGUCCACCACCCUCUGCACCACCCCAUCAGCAAAGCCCUAACAAUCAACGGCGAACGCCUGGGAGGCAGCCACCCCAGCGUCGCCCUGACACCUAUCAAACCAGGAGCCAGAAAAACGCACCAGGGCCUAAAUUUGACAAGGCAGCUACCAGCGGCUCUCCUGUCCCUGCGCCAAAACCUUCUACAACCAUGAUGUCUUUUGUCCCUGCGUCGGUUGCUGCAAAACAACGCAAGGUCUCGACACCCCCUACAACCGCAGCUGCCCCAGCUAUGAAGACUUCUACCCCGGCCGACACUCUAGCUUUGGAGCAGGAUCUCAAGCGCUUGCUUAAUCUCAACACAGCCGGGGAUGCCUCGAGCGUGAGGUAACCUACCUUUUGCACAUCUAUAUUGCAAAUUUUGCUCUCCAGAUACUCUUUCCUUGUGCUGCUACUCUCUCUUACACAGUUUCUUUUGUCAAUAUGCGGGGUUUUUUUAGCGUUUCGACAUUGUCAUGUUGCAUGACUGUACUUUCAUUUAUCGGAGUUUUCGGCGUUUUGAAUGACUCGUCACUCUUGUUUGGUGGACGUAGUGUGGAUUGCGGGGUAUGUCCGGUCCCCUGUGCUCAGUCCGGCACAAGAUCUUUUCUUUGUACGGUUCAUGGAUUGCUGCAUGGGUGUGUGGGAUCCCAAGAGCUGGACGAUUGGCGUUUUUCAACAUCACGUUUGAUGCUUUGGUGCAUUUGGCACCAUGGAGUUGUCUCGACUGGCGAUGUGACGUGAGCUUCUUCCGACAAUGGUCUGCUGUCCACGUUCUGGAUCCAGGCAUGACUCGACUCUUUCAAC